AUGAGUCGGAUUAUGCAUGGUGAUAAGCAGGCCACUGAGCUCCAACAGGUGCCGCUCUCAGACGGGACUAUAGCCCGCCGCAUCAGUGACAUGGCACUGGACAUCAAACGUCAAAUCAUUGACGCAGUGAAAGGAGGUAAGUAUUCGUUACAAUUGGACGAGUCCACCGACGUCUCCAAUUCCGCCCAGCUCCUAGUUUUUGUCAGGUACAUUUUUGAGAGGAAGCUUAACGAGGAAAUGCUGUUUUGCGUGCCGCUGGAGGGAACGUGCACUGGUGAGGACAUUUUUAACAAACUGGACCGCAAUCUAAAAGAAGAGGGUCUCUCUUGGAGCGAGUGCUUGUCAGUGUGCACAGAUGGUGCAGGCGCAAUGCUCGGAAAAAAGAAGGGUUUAAAAGCACGAGUCCUGCAAGUGGCACCUCAUGUCAUUUUUACUCACUGCAUUAUACACAGAGAAGCCCUCGCAAGUAAAACCCUGAACCCUGAGUUAAAACACGUUCUUGACACUGCAGUAAAAAUGGUCAAUCUCAUUAAAUCACGACCACUUAACACGAGACUGUUUUCAACUCUCUGUAAUGAAAUGGGAUCAGAGCACCAGUGCCUGCUGCUCCACACAGAAGUUCGCUGGCUAUCGCGGGGCAAUGUGCUGAGCCGUCUGUGUGAGCUGCGAGAUGAGGUGCGCAUUUUCCUCACUGACCAAAGAUCUCCUCUCGCCGAGCACCUCACUGAUCCUGGCUGGGUUACAAAGCUGGCAUAUUUGUCAUCUAUAUUUGAAAAACUGAACGGACUUAACAUGUCACUGCAGGGCGAAAACACGAGCAUCCUGUCUCUUAAUGAUAAAGUGCAGGCAUUUGUGCGCAAAGUGAAGAGGUGGAAAGAACGAGUGGAAACUGGGCGCAUAGACAUGUUCACCACACUAGACGAAUUCCUCGAGGAAAAUACAUUGAGUGUGAAUAUUGUCAGGGAGUCUAUUACUGACCAUCUCCAAACCCUUCUGGAUCAUUUUAACAAGUACUUUCCAGAGGAAGGUACGCAAGAAAAACACGAUUGGAUUCGAUCCCCUUUCACUGCCACCGCAAACCAUCUGACGUGUGACACGGAGGACGCGCUGAUUGAACUUUCAUCUGAUCGAACCUUAAGGACACUUUUUGACUCAAAAACGCUGGACGAGUUCUGGAUUUCGGUGAAGGAUGAGUACCCGCAGCUUUCCAAAGCCGCUUUGGAUACACUGAUGCCAUUUGGAUCAACUUAUUUAUGCGAGAAGACUUUCUCCGCUCUAACUUACAUAAAAAAUAAACAUAGAUCGCGUCUUAACGUGGAAGAUGAUCUCCGUGUUGCCAUCUCCAAAACUAAACCCAGACUGGAUCUGCUUUGCUCAGCGCACAGCGCGCACCCAUCACAUUAA